AUCGAUAUUUUUUACAGUAUAUAUGAUUUUAAUAAAUAUACUCUACCUCAGGUCAUUUGUUUUAGCAGUGCAAUUGCUAAAUUUUUCGUGGAAAUACAAUCGGCGUAUAGUAUUAGUUUUCAAGUCGUCUACAAGAACUUACACUCGCUACACUGUACGCCGUUUAAAAUAAGCUGUAAUGAAUUUUGGGUGAGACAGAAUGUGGAAGGACAUACAUAUCUUGCUGUUAGGCGAGCCCAAAGUGGGGAAAACGUCGUUAAUCUUAUCUCUCGUCGGCGAAGAGUUUCCCGAAGAUGUUCCAGAUCGCGUAGAAGAAAUUACCAUACCUGGUGACGUCACACCGGAGAAGGUACCAACACAUAUCGUAGAUUUUUCCGAGAAAGAGCAAGGCGAAUACCAACUAUGUGAAGAAAUUGCUAAAGCCAAUGUUGUGUGUCUGGUGUAUGAUCUUGCAGAUUUAACAACACUGGAGAAAAUCAAAGAAAGGUGGAUGCCAUUAAUCAAGGAUUGCUCAAUGCAUGAGUCAAUGCUUCCCAUUAUUCUUGUUGGAAAUAAAUCGGACCUGAUUUCUGACUCGAAAAUGUACGAAGUUAUUCCUAUUAUGAAUGACUUCCCUGAGAUUGAGACGUGCAUUGAAUGCUCAUCUAAAACACUGAAUAAUGUCAGUGAGAUGUUUUUCUUUGCACAGAAAGCUGUUCUGUACCCAACAGCACCUUUAUAUUCCCCCCAGGAUGGUGAUUUAAAGCCAGAAAGCAAGAUAGCUUUGGUGCGAAUAUUUAAACUGUUCGACAAAGACAAUGAUGGGGUGUUAAAUGACGACGAACUAAGCUACUUCCAAAAAAUCUGCUUCAGCACUCCCCUUGCCAUGCAGGCCUUACAAGAUGUUAAAAAUGUUGUUAAGAAGAACUGCCCUGAUGGAAUAGUGGAUGAUAGCCUCACAUGUGAUGGUUUCCUCUACCUGCAUCUGUUGUUUGUUCAAAGAGGCAGACAUGAAACAACAUGGGCUGUACUGAGGAAAUUUGGAUAUAAUGGUCUUCUCCAGAUUAAUGAAGAUUACCUUCGUCCCGAUCUGCCGCCUGCUCCAGCAGACACGAUCCCACAGCUCACAAUGGAUGCAAGAAAGUUCCUUAAUGAAGUUUUUUCCAAGUAUGAUAAAGAUGAAGAUGGAGCAUUGAAUCCGAUGGAGAUGGACGACUUGUUCUCUGUCUUCCCAUAUGAACCGUGGGGAUCAGAAGUCUUAAAUACUGUAUGCACUAACAGCAAAGGCUGGAUCACAAGAGCUGGAUUUCUGUCGCAGUGGAUGCUAACUACGUUCAUUGAUGCUCCUCGUACUUUGGAGUACUUAGGGUACCUUGGAUACUCGGCUCUUCUGGACUGCGCGUCACAGGCAGAGGCAAUUCACUUCACAACGAACAGUACUACGCAUGCCACUGAUGAAAAUAAUAGAGAUAUAUUUACAUGUAAAGUGAUUGGUGUCAGAGGCGUUGGGAAAUCUGCUUUCCUCCAGGGGCUUCUAGAAACAAGUGAGAAUACAAAGAAAUCCAAGCACAGCCAAGUGUCUGUGUUCGCAGUAAAUGAGGUACAAGUGAAAAACCUUUCACCUGUCUAUCUUCUUCUGCAUGAAGUUGAUGUUUCUGACCUCCUUGCAGCAGGAGAAGGUUCAUUUCUCUGUGAUGUAGUUUGCUUGUUGUACGAUUCCACUGAUGCCGACAGUUUUCAGUGCUGUGUUGAAGUUCACAAGCAGUUUGUGGUUGGCUCUUCCGUCUCCUGUAUUGUAAUUGCCACCAAAGCUGAUGGUAAAGCCGUGAAACAAAGAUGUGCGCUUCAGCCAGUGGACUUUUGCCUCCAAAACAGUCUUCCCCCUCCCAUAGCUUUCUCUUCAAGACAGAAGAGCAGCACGUCAGUGUAUGAGACAAUUGCAGAAAUGGCUGCCGUUCCAAAAUCCUCAACUGAACAUCAAACUUCUGCACUUGGAAUAAUUCUAAAAAUAGGAAUCACAACCGCUAUACUUGCAGGUCUGGGAUACGGCCUGUACAAAUACUCAAACACUUUCAAGAAACCUAAUUUUUUGAAGUCCUAGUGGGUACUAGUUUACUACCACGCUAAAACUGUGAUUUUAAAAUAAAAACCACUCCUAUGUUGUGAACUAUAUUCACAGCUCCCAGUAUUUAGCUGCAAGUGCCUAUUGCAUUGCUGUUAUAACCUAGGUGCAUUAAUUCAAUGUUGCAAAGUAUUACCGCUGCAUAGCCUAACCAGAAUGGAUACUCUGUUAACAUGCAUUGUCAACAAAGCUGCAUAUAAACCCAAGCAAUAUUUUGCCCUUAGAUAAACCCUAUCUAUUUUUGGGAAUUUUUCGUCAAAAUUUCUUACUAUUACUAAAACCCACUGUUUUACCGAAAUGUCUUUUCCUGUUGCAAAUUAAUGUACAUAGUAUACACCAUGGCAAAUCUUUAUACAUUAACAAGUUAUUGUGGCUUUCAAAUUAAAGUAUCCUUGUAUUGGGUAACUUAUGAAUGCGUUUUUAAUACAUGCAAUGUUUGGUUAUUUA